CAUCUCUUACGUAAACCACAACAUAACCACAGCCUAAUCCCCUCCUCUUUAUCAUUGGCUUAAAGUUUGAAAAAACAACUAGAAGACACAUCAUCUCUUUCAAUGGCUGUUUCAUUUCAAACCAAGUACCCUCUAAGACCCAUCACCAACGUCCCAAGAACCCACCGUCCUUCAUUUCUCCAUGUUCGUGUCACGUGCUCUGCUACUACCACAACCACCACAAAGACUCAGCCUAACCGUGAAAAGAAGCUUGUGGUUGAGAAACGUUUAGUGAGUCCUCCUCUUUCCAACGACCCAACUCUGCAGUCUACAUGGAAUCACCGCUUAUGGGUAGCAGCUGGUUGCACCACCUUGUUAGCUUCUUUAGCUAAGUCUAUCACUGGAGGGGUUGGUUCUCAUCUCUGGCUCGAACCAGCUUUAGCCGGUUAUGCAGGGUACGUCUUGGCUGAUCUUGGCUCUGGUGUGUACCACUGGGCCAUUGAUAACUACGGUGAUGAGUCAACGCCACUAGUAGGAUCUCAAAUCGAAGCGUUUCAGGGUCACCACAAGUGGCCUUGGACAAUCACCAAAAGGCAAUUUGCCAACAAUCUACACGCUCUGGCACGAGUCAUAACCUUCACGGUGCUUCCACUAGACCUUGCGUUUAACGACCCUGUGGUUCAUGGCUUUGUGAGCACAUUUGCAUUUUGCAUAAUGUUUAGCCAGCAGUUCCAUGCUUGGGCUCACGGAACUAAGAGCAAGCUUCCACCUCUCGUCGUGGCGUUGCAGGACAUGGGAGUGCUUGUUUCAAGGAAACAGCACGGGGAACAUCACCGAGCACCGUAUAACAACAAUUACUGCAUUGUGAGUGGGGUUUGGAACAAGGUUUUAGAUGAAAGCAAGGCCUUUGAAAUACUGGAGAUGGUGUUGUUCUUCAAGCUCGGGGUGAGACCGAGGUCAUGGAGUGAACCAAACUCUGAGUGGACAGAAGAAACUGACCUCUCCAGUAGCCAAGCGUAACCAAUAGUUACAAGGUGGCCCUACAGGUGUUUGAAAACACAAUUAUUUAUACAUGUACAAGAAAAUUGAUGGAAUAAACAAAUAAGAUUAUUUUUACGUAA